AAACCAACGACUCACAGCACCACCACGCACCCAUCUCUGACUGAGCCUUCUCGCUCUUUCAAUGUCAUCCGCACCCCCCACGCCGCCAAAGAACUUGUACAUCUGUAUCGAAUGCUCUUCACCGGUGCAAUCGCUCUACACGGCUUACUCAUCCGCCGAUGACUGCUCCCUGGGACGCGGCGUGAGACUCACGCAGUGUCCGAGGUGCAAGAGGUUUGCUGACAAGUAUGUUGAGCAUGACUUUGUUGUGCUGUUCAUUGACUUGGUGUUGAUUAAGCCUCAGGUGCCGAUUCAUGAACCCGGGGAGGGGAGGGGAUUGAUGGGUAACUGAUUUAGGGUGGUUAGGUCUAUAGACACUUACUGUUUAACCGGCUGGGGAGGGAGGAUGAUAGAUUCGAGGCAUGUAGACUUCAGUGAUGAAGGGGGGGACCCCGCUACUAAUAAAUGCUUGCUCUAGCCGUCCAUAAUCCGCCUCGGAUUCCUCCUCCUCCUCUUCGACGUGUACCUGACCUGGGCGCGUAUUGAAAGGAAUAUACCAACCGACCCACUAAACACCUCCGCAUUCGGGAUCCUAACUCAACGGCCAAUAGUCGUACAAUACCUCUUCUUCCGUACCUAUCCCCCUCUCACCCACCCUCCUCUACCCCCCCCCCCCCAAACUUCUAACCCCUGCUAGUCCUCCUCUGCCUCACGGAAUCCCUCCUCUUUCACCUCACGAUCCGCCUAAUAAGUCAAUACCUUCUUGGCGCAACCCGCCCCAACGCCGUCUCAACAGCACUGAUAGUAUCCUCCUGCACGAAGCUCUUCCCGAUACUGAUGGUGAUAUGGAACUAUGAGGUCCCCGCCGCGGCGAAGUCGGUGGGCUGGGCGGUCGUCGUUAAUAAUGUUGAAGCAUUGCGGAUCUCGCUGGGGAUAGAUUACUUUCGCGCCGCAGGGCUCGCGGGGGCUGGAGCUGUGGUCAGAGCUGUUGCGAGUCAGACGAUAUUGGGCUGGACGGGACUGUUGGGUGAUAGUGAUCGGUGGGGCGGGAUGGGGGUUGGGAUCGAAGAGUGGGUUGGCAGGUUGGGAUUGGGCAAAUGACAAUGGGGCGUGUGGGGUG